GUCACAUGUCAUUUAUCAGCUGUCAAUAGUGUCAAUUAGAGUUUGUUUUGGUUUGGAGGGUGUAGACGAUUUUUAUAUUGAAAAUUAAAUCCGUAAUCAUCCAAUACUUGAAAAAAUAUAUUUCUUAAAAUUAUUAACCAUUUCAAUAAUUAAACAUGACUGCUCCUACUGCUGGUGGUGAUUCAAACAGGGGGAGAACACUAGCGUAUAAAGAUAAAAGUAAACCUGCUGAUGUAAGAACCAGCAACAUAAAUGCCGCAAAAGCUGUUUGUGAUGCAAUUCGAACAAGUUUGGGUCCCAGAGGAAUGGAUAAAAUGAUCCAGUCUGGAAAUGGAGAAGUAACUAUUACCAAUGAUGGGGCCACAAUAUUGAAGCAAAUUAAUGUUAUACAUCCUGCUGCCAAGAUGUUGGUUGAGUUGUCAAGGGCCCAAGACAUAGAAGCUGGAGAUGGUACUACAUCCGUUGUCGUUAUUGCUGGAGCAUUAUUAGAUGCCGCAGAGAAGUUGCUACAUCGUGGAAUCCAUCCCACUGCAAUUUCUGAGUCAUUCCAAAGAGCAGCAGUGCUAGCUCUUGAGAUAUUGAAUGAAAUUUCAACUCCUGUUGAGAUUACAAACAGAGAAGAACUGAUAAAGAGUGCCUCAACUUCUCUCAACUCCAAAGUUGUGUCACAACAGUCCAGCCAUUUAGGGCCUUUGGCAGUAGAUGCAGUACUCAGAAUAGUAGAACCUGGACGCGAGCAGGCUUGUAAUCUUAACGAUAUCAAAGUUAUCAAGCAAUUAGGGGGAACUGUAGAAGACACAGAGUUAGUCGAAGGAAUCGUGUUCCCUCAGAGAUCUUCAAAUGUUUCUGGGCCAAAACGUAUUGAAAAAGCUAAGAUUGGAUUCAUCCAGUUCUGCAUUUCACCUCCCAAAACAGACAUGGACCACAACGUUAUUGUGUCAGACUACGCUGCAAUGGAUAGAGUUCUGAAAGAAGAAAGAGCUUACAUUCUGAAUAUCGUUAAACAAAUUAAGAAAGCUGGAUGCAACGUUCUUCUGGUAAUAAUAUUCUUUAUUAACAUCAGUGCACCAUAUCGGAUGAGGAUUUUAUUUGGAGCACAUGUAUUUUUUUAAGUUGGCUAAUCUGUU